AUGGAACAAGUCAACUCGAAUAGUGGAAAGAAAAAGCAGCAAUUAGAAGUAUUCAGGUAUUUUGCAAGUGUGCUGACGAAAGAGGGCACGCCUAUUUGUAUUAGUAAUGAUAAUAUGCCUACAUCGAACUCGGAUAACUCUAAAGCUUCAAAUCGAAAAUCCAAUAUGGGCAAAGUUACAGGUGAACUAAUUUUAACUUAUGAUGAUUUCAUUGAAUUAAUAUCCAGCUCAAAGACGAUAUACCCCAAGUUCACAGAUCACUCGUUUAACUUGAAUCAAAUACCUAAGAACGCAUUCGGAUGUAUUUUUUUUGCUAUAGAUGAACAAAAUAAGGGAUAUUUGACCCUAAAUGAUUGGUUCUAUUUCAACAAUUUACUAGAAUACGACAAUUAUCAUCUUAUUAUUUUAUAUGAGUUCUUUAGAAAAUUUGACGUAGAAAAUAUCAAAGCGAAACAGAAAAAAGAGCUUGGUAGUUCGUCGUUUAGUUUAAAGGCGGCCGAUGAUAGAAUUAAAUCGAUAAAUUACGGCAAUAAAUUCUUAAGUUUUGACGAGCUUCUUUUAAAUUUAGACCAAUUCAAAGAAACUAUUCGACUGCUGCAUGAAUCAGUUGACGACGAUUUUGUGAAAGAUAACAAGUUACUACUUGACUGGCAUAACUUCCAAUUUUUGAAAUUCUACAAAUGUUAUCAUGAAGAUGAAGCGUUUUUGAGCUUAAAUUCUCUGGUUACCAUUUUACAAAAUGAUCUUAAGAAUGAAAAAAUAUUUAUAGGGUUUGAUAGAUUAGCACAGAUGGACUCACAAGGACAUCGUUUAGCUCUAAGCAAAAAUCAACUCAUUUAUCUUUUAAGGUUAUUUUAUUCUCAUAGGGUGUCCGCGGAUAUCUUCUCCUCUUUAAAUUUAUCAAACACUGAACUAUUGAAAUCAGACAAUAAUUCUAUUCCAUACAAUGUGUUCAAGGAUGUAUUUUAUUUAUUUCAGAAUUUCGAUUUACUGAACCAGCUACUGCACAAGUACGUUACUGAAAAUAAUUUGACCGAGCAAGAAAUUAAAGAACAAAUAAUUACGAAAAAUGAUUUCAUGACAGUUUUAAAUGUCCAGUACAACAAGGUUAACAAUAUUGUUGAGUUCUCUCCUUCCCAAAUCAACCUGUUGUUUUCUAUCGUUGCAAAUUCAAAAGAAAAUAGAAGAUUGAGAAAGAGGAAUAAGGAUCGAGACAGUGAGCUCCUGAAGGAUCAUCAUUAUGAUUCAGAAAUUGAUUUUUUUAUCCACAACGAAUAUUUACAUGGGAUAAGCAAGUCAAAAAAAAACCUGCAAAGCUUUAAUGACUACUACCACGAUAUGUCGGACGGUUUUGAUCAGGACUCUGGGAUUAAAAAAGCUUCUAAGGCAAGUACUGGUUUGUUCGAAUCUAUGUUUGGAGGUAAAAACGAUAAAGCAACCAUGCUUUCUGACUUAACGAUUGAAGAUUUCAUGAAAAUUCUAAAUCCAAAUUACUUGAAUGAUUUAGUUCACCAUAUGGAAUUACAAAAAAACCAAAACGAAUCAUUGUACAUUAAUUAUUACUUCUAUCCUAUCUUCGAUUCGUUAUACAACUUUUCCUUAGGUUCCAUUGCAGGUUGCAUUGGGGCAACUGUAGUGUAUCCAAUUGACUUCAUAAAAACAAGAAUGCAAGCUCAAAGAUCGUUAGCCCAAUUUAAGAAUUCAAUUGAUUGUCUGCUGAAGAUUGUAUCGCGUGAGGGGAUAAAGGGUCUUUAUUCUGGUCUUGGGCCGCAAUUGAUAGGGGUCGCUCCUGAGAAGGCGAUCAAAUUGACUGUCAAUGAUUUUAUGAGGAACAGAUUGACGGAUAAAAAUGGCAAGCUGAGUCUCUUACCUGAAAUUAUUUCGGGCGCUUCGGCGGGCGCAUGUCAGGUUAUAUUUACUAAUCCAUUAGAAAUUGUAAAGAUCAGGUUACAGGUUCAAUCUGAUUACGUUGGUGAAAACAUACAACGGGCUAAUGAAACAGCAACCCAAAUUGUUAAAAGGCUAGGAUUGAAAGGUCUGUAUAAUGGUGUAGCAGCCUGCUUAAUGAGGGAUGUUCCAUUCUCGGCCAUUUAUUUCCCUACUUAUGCACAUUUGAAAAAAGAUCUUUUCAAUUUUGAUCCGAAUGAUAAGACAAAGAGAAGCCGAUUGAAAACGUGGGAGCUUUUGACUGCCGGUGCCAUUGCUGGUAUGCCGGCGGCCUUUUUGACUACACCCUUCGAUGUCAUAAAAACAAGACUACAAAUAGAUCCUAGAAAAGGUGAGACAAAGUACAACGGUAUUUUCCAUGCCAUUCGCACUAUCUUAAGGGAAGAGAGCUUCAGAAGCUUUUUCAAAGGCGGUGGCGCCCGUGUCCUGAGAAGUUCACCUCAAUUUGGUUUCACUCUGGCCGCUUAUGAAUUAUUCAAAAGUUUUAUUCCCUCCCCUGAUAAUAAAAUGAAUAACAAAGGAAAUUGCAAGAGAUUUUGCAUAGGCGAUGACACAGGUAAUGAAAAGACAGUAGCUGAUAACAAAAAUGAGCUCACGCGGCAAAAUAUUUAUUCCGAGGAUGGAAAGCAUGCUAAUUAUUACUAUAAAAGUUGCCAGAUUGCGAAAACAUUCAUUGAUUUAGACAAUAACUUUUCUAAAUUUGAUCCUUCGGUUUACAAAAAGUUUCAAGAACAUCUAAGAGGUAUUAAUGAAUAG